AUGCCCCAGCGAACAGUCUACGUCCUCUACAAUGCCGACGCAUCGGUCAUGGGCAAGUUACGGUACGGAUACCAGAAGAUGACCUGCCCCAAAGACAGCGAUCAGGUCUGCGCGGCAUGUGACAUCACCCACGGCGGCCUAUCGCUCAAGGAGACGCCGUCCUGGGUCGCUGUCAAGAAGGAGAUUGAGGCGACGCCGGAUGUUCGCGUGAUUCAGUGGCACCGCGAUGAGCUGUCUCCCGAGGUCAAGUCAUUCGUGGAGACGGAGAAGCUCUCGUAUCCCGUCGUGCUGUGCGAGUCGGAUGGAAAGCUACAGGUGAUUAUGGACAGGACCGAGCUGGGCAAGUGCAACGGCGACGCUCAAUUGUUUCUACAAGAGCUCAAGGCAAAGAACGUGCUAUGA